UCGGGGUCAUUGUGUGAAGAAUGGACUCCACUGUGCCUUUGCCCAUGGGCCUCAUGACCUUAGACCACCAGUAUAUGAUAUAAGUUUGAUGUCCCUGGGAGAGGCCAUGUUCCAGAUGACUAUUCUGUGUGCCAUUCAUCCUCCAGAAGGGCCUUCAGGAAAAGGAAAUCUGAAGCUGUUCUUACUGAUGAUGUCUAUACAGUGCGGCUUCCAUCUCCAAGAAGUCCAGGAAAGAUCAACCUACCUCAACACCAGUCAACUGUGGUUCCUCUAGCCCCAAAGUUAAUUGCCAUACAUUUCACUUUUCUAUUGCCUUGGUACCCUCAAACGUGAAGAAAGAAACACCACAGCCAAUGGUCUAGAUGUUGGCCCCUAUCCUUAGGCAUGUUCUUAGAUUUUUGCCUCAGAGUUUCUUCUAGAGUAUUUGACACUGGAAAGCAAGCCAGCACAGGUGGGUUCCUGCAUUUGAAAAAGGCUUGAGUGUCUCUCAAAGAAAUGUUCGGCAUCUUCACCACCUUAUCAAGGCUCCAAGUACUCCUUCCUUGGCAAUAGAUGUCCUUUUACUGGACAUUCUUGCAAACUGACCAUUUGCAAUACCACCCAGCCUUUCCAUAGGGCAGUUACUGGGCUUUCCCUCUUGAUUAUUGAAAAGCGGUGAUCUCAAGAAAUCCACCAGUCCAAACUCCUGGAUCCAAUAUGAUGUGCACCUGACUCCAGGAAAGAUCAGUGGAAGAAGCUUAAUCUUUCUCUUUAUCCUCCUCAUGGAAUACCAAGGGCUCUUCUCCUAGUCCCUUUCUCCAUAUUGGGUAGUGCAAGGGGAGUCCAGAAGCAAGUGAUUGGAGAACUUCCCAAAGGAGCACAAAAAGGGAACUUAGGUGUUUCAAGAAGUGACAUCCUGAGAUCCCUGCUGGUUUGUCACCAGGAAUGAAGUCUACAUGGGAAGACAUUUAAAGAAGAAAGAUGUGUCCUUUGCUUUAUGGCAGCUAUGGUUCUUUGAGUUGUAUAAUUCACACAGAUUCCAAAGCUUCUCUCCAUCUAAGACUCUGUUCUGGGGUUCUGUACUGGCAAAAGAGCUGAGAGGUGGUUGCAGCCACCGCAUCCCUUAUGCUGCACCUGGAGGAUCUGAGGGAAGCAGGCAUGGUCACAAUGAAUGCAGCUAUUCAAAAAGAAUUUGAUCUUAUGACUAUGGGGGACAUGCACAUCAAAAACAGAGUCUGUGUGGGCAACAUAUCUCUAAGAACAGAAGCUACUGCAAGGGAACUGCAAGCACAGGAAGCCUUGCAGAAUGGACAGCUUGGAGGAGGUGGAGAAGGCAUUCCUGACUUGCAGCCAGGAAUUCUAGCUAGUCAAGCAAUGAUUGAGAAGAUUCUCAGCGAGGAUCCAAGGUGGCAGGAUACUAAUUUUGUAUUAGCUGGCUACAAGACAGAACAAUGCACCAAACCUCCCAGACUCUGCCGCCAAGGUUAUGCAUGUCCACAUUUUCACAACAGCCGAGACAGAAGACGAAAUCCCAGAAAAUUCAAAUACAGGUCUACUCCUUGCCCCAAUGUAAAACAUGCAGACGAGUGGGGUGAACCUUCUAAGUGUGAAAGUGGGGAUAGCUGUCAAUAUUGCCAUUCCCGGACAGAGCAACAAUUCCAUCCUGAAAUUUACAAAUCAACAAAAUGCAAUGACAUGCGCCAAACAGGUUACUGCCCACGGGGUCCAUUUUGUGCAUUUGCACAUGUUGAAAAGGACACCAUGAAUGUAGUCAUACUGCAAACUGGUUGUCAUUCAAAGCCAGGCGCUCACCUGUUUUCAGCAGACAGCAUAGGAAUUGCAAAUGAAUGGAGCAGCAGUCUUAACUCUACAAACAGCAUUACAAAUAACAAUGGGCAAUCUGGAAAUAUUUCCUGUUCCUCAAGUCCAACUGUAGCAUCAAGCUCUGGUAGCAGUAGUUCUUUGUCACCUGUUGGGCCCCUUUGUAGGCAGAGACCAUUAGCAAAUGGUGCAUUGUGUUCUGAGUCUAGCCCAUCAGGUGUUUCCUCACCAACUUCUAACUAUCCGAAAGCACCAGGCUUUGAACGAGAGGAUCAGGCGAAACAGAAAAGCCUGCCAGGUGAGAGUCAUCCAAAAAUAAGUGAACAGGACAGUAAGCAGAACCAUCUUAGUGUUUUCUCAGUGGUUAAUCCACUCGCUUCAAGUAUAACCUCCAGUAUAACUUCUAGUCUGGCUUCCAGUAUUGGAUCAGAUAGUUCAUCCCCUACAACUCUCUCCACCAUCAGUGCCAAAGCUUUCCCAUUUUACCCUGGCAGUAAUACAGUCGAAUCAGUUGUAGGUUCUGCUUUAGAUCUACAUUUUAGUGAUGUAAAUGUAGCAUCCUUAGAUAAAGAAUUAGAAGAUCAAGAAAAUAACGAUCUUGGAUUAACAAGUCAAAGAUUACUGGGAAGUUCAGCUCCUGUCAAUAUUCCAGGUUCUCUUGCUCGUUCCUCAUCUUUACAUUCAUCAUCUUCCCUUUCAACCUCUCCACUCAGUUCUCUUUCACAGUCGUUGUCUCAGUCUUUUAUUUCAUCCACUAUGGCUCCUCACCAACAGCAGCCUCAGCCUUUGAAAUCAGAACAUAGCGUGUUAGGUACCUCAGCCUCUUCUCAUAACUCUUUAGGUUUAAAUGGUGUUACAGGUAGCAUUUGGGAUUUUGUAACUGGGAGCUUCUCUCCUAGUCCCUCUCCUGUGUUGAGCAGUGGUACCACACCCUCAGCAAGUUCAGGUACCAGUGGAAGUGAGUUAACUAGAGUUAGACAGGAACUGGAUGACGCCAAAAGAAAAAUAAAACAAUGGAAAGAUUCUUGGCGACAAGUAAAGCAGGCAUGUGAUGCAUGGCAAAAAGAGGCCCAAGAGGCCAAGGAACGUGCUAACGUGGCAGACACGGAGAAACAGCUAGCCCUUCGGAAAAAAGAGGAAGUGGAAAAUAAGUUUAAAAACCUUCAGGAACAGUUUGUGCGUCUAUCCACUCCAUUGCCUCAUCUGAAAAGCUAUGGAGAUAUAGAAACAAUACCCUUACCAAAGCUUCAUUCUUUACGAAGUCAGCUCCAUUUGGAUUUAGAAACAAUAGAUGAGGUAAUUUUUCAGAUCCAUUCAAAGAAGUGUGUUGUAUGCCGAGAACAUAACCGUAGCGUUGUCCUGCAGCCAUGCCAACAUUAUGUCCUUUGUGAACACUGUGCAGCUAAACAACAAGAAUGUCCUUGCUGCAAGACAACAAAAAAUAAAUGGUGACAGUGUGUCAUGGUACUUAUGUAAUGUUAAUGAAUUAAAUAUUUUAUGUUCUAGUAUUUUAUAUAAAAAUUGUAUAUGUAGUUAUUAAUCCAUUUACUAGUGCUAGACUGAUCUCCAUUUUGACUUCUUAAGAGACGUUCUUUCCUGUUUCCCUAAUAUAGGAAAAGCGGUUUGGCUGCCUUUACUUGAUUUCUUUCUAUGAUGCUGUUCUAAAGUUCCAUAUUUAUUCCUUUCUUCACUUGGCCUUUUCAAUUUUUACUUGCAUUCCUGUUGCACAGGCUACUCAGGUUCAGUUCUUCAAACAUAAUCAUGUCUUAAGGGUCCUUACCCACAAUGCCUGAAUGAGGGAUUUAUGCUUCUGCUCUGCAUCAGAAUUCAUGGAAGUUACCAUGUAAGUACAGUGCUUGAUAAUAGGAGGACCCACCCUUCACCUUGUGUCUAUGGUGUGCUAUAUAGUCCAGUGCCAGUAUUUUGGAGUCAGUCUAACACUACUGUUUACUUGGCUAUUUGAAGAAAUUUGAUUACCGUAAAAGCACUUUGUUAACUUUUUUUAAAGAGGUUAUGUUAUAAAUUGCUUUAAGCUGCUUUCUAGGUUUUAUGUUUGUUUUUUAAUAUGCGAUAAAAUGAAGCUUUUUAUGUAUACUGUGAAUUUAAAAUAUUUCAUAUCAGUUUUAUUGUUAAAUCAUAGUAUGGUAAAUAUGGAGUUAGAUUUCAUACUUUGACUUUAUUACUUAUUAAAUGAACAAUUAGAGAAAAAUGGGAAUUGCCUAGAAUUUUUACAAUUUUCGAGUUAACUUCAAACUAAUAGUGUUUAUAAGUAUACCAGCAGAGAGGAUAAUGCUGAAAGGCACAUAGGCUUACAUAUUCAGAUACAUUUCUAAUUUUAUUAAACAAAUCGGUUUUCUCAAAUGCUUGUGCAUUUUGCAUUACCCAGUUUGGAUGUUUGUAGUCUGAAGAGAAGUAUGCCUAUAACUCCUAGCUGGUGUGGUACCCAGUAGGAACUGGUCACUUUUUUCAGACACCUAUCCCUUGCAUCCACUAAAAUUGCAAAUGGCACGAAGGAAAUGUCUCGUGUAAACAAUUUCUGUUACUUAAUUAAAAUGAUCACCUUUGUAUAAUAAUAGAAUUUCAGUAUAAUACCUUGCAAUGAACAAAAUAUCAUAGUUUGUUUUUAAAGGAAGGGUGUGUAUGCAUGUGUGUAAUGUACAUGUAUGCGCACGCGCGCGCACACACACACACACACACACUCCCCCUCCCCGCCAUAGUUUAACUGUAAAAUUCUUAGAAUAUUUAAUCAGGCAAUGGUGCUCUUAUACAAUUAUUUUUUAAGGUUGUUCAUGUUUAACAAUGAUGGUUAGGAGUAUGCAAUUCAGGAGAAGUUAGUUACUGUGUGUUAACACUGUCUCUUGUUAUGUAACAUUCUUUUACAAAAGAGUUAGCCUGUUUUUUCUUGUUAAGUGCAGGUGUGACACAAGUACAGCUUACAUGGAAAUGACCUACUACUGUGUUACAUAAUGUACAUACCACGAUCUUAUAGUAUUCAAUGCAAGAAGUUCAUUUAUAUAAACAGCAAAGACCUUAAUUUUUGAAGUUUAGUUGUUGCAGUAAAAGCAAGAUAUACGCCAAACAUUUUCUUGCAUCAUGUCUUAGAUAUUUGUAUCGGUGUUAAAGAAUACAGGCCCCAAUUCCAGGCUCCCUGAAAUCACUGCAUCUCAACUAAGAUCAAUAGACGUUGGGCAGACCCUUGGCUAGCAAAAAUAAACAUUUAAUGUCGUCAUUCAGUCUACAGAAUGAUCAUCCCCUGAUUACUGAUAUAUCAACCUGUGAGAACAUGGAGAGUGUUUGAAAGCAAGAAAGGGGGGAACUAAACCUCCAAAUGAAUGAACUUUUUUAACAGAAACGCUUAAUAGAAAAUUUAGAAAUAUAAAGGCACAUGUAGCACACUUUUACAGGAUUUAUAGGGUUUAAACUUGGGCGUAAUAGUGUCGCUUGAUGCAUUUUUCAUACAAUUAUAAAAAAAAAAAAAUCCUACCAAAAUUAAAAUUGUUUAUGAGAUAAACGUAACAUUACAAUAUAAUUUCAUUUUCCAAAGCAUAUUGUCUGUUUCGAAAGAUUUUUCUUUAAUAUAUAAGUGGAAUUAGUUUACAUUUUAAAUUAAAUGGUACUUCAAUCACUAAGCUUUGCUGUGUGUAUUAAUGUACUUCUACACUUGUGUAAUCUUUGCCAAAGAUUUCUUUUGAAUAUUAAUAACAUUUUGGCUAAAGCAAAGCAAAUAGGUAAGACAUUUUAACAGUGACCAAAUUAGGAAGUGAUGUGUAAAAUUACUGUAAAUGUUUUUAAAACAUGCAAUUGAUUUCAGUGAAUGUUAUACUAAAUCCAUGUAGAAUAUGGAACAAUGUUGUGCAGCUGUCGUUCUUGCAGAAGUAACUAAAAUUCUUAGUGAAGAUUUUCUUUUUAAUAUUUUAAAUCCUGCCUAAUGAAACGUGGCCUCCUGCAUCAAUGUUAAGUUCUUUAUUUAAAACAUGCAGAAGUACAGUUUUGUGUUACCUUUGUUAUAUAUAUAGAUAUGUAGAGAGAUAUAGAUAUUAGGGCUGUGUGAAGCUUCGGUCCCUGAUUUGAUUCGGCCCGAUUCGGUGGCCAAAUCCCAGAAUCCAAAUCAAAUUGGAGAACCCUUUAAUCUCUCCGAAUUGAGUGGGAACCUUCCAAAUCGAUUUGGAAAGAUUCAGUGAUUCGGACACAGACACAGCUUUAAAUGUUUUCUCUACAUACCUCAAGGCAGCAGGCCGGUCAUGAAUGCUGCGGUGCUGGGGUGGAUGGACUGUCCCACAGGAGCGCAGGGGGCUCCCCAGUGCGCUCAGCAGCAGACCCAGAAGUGGACCAGAAGCACUUCCAGUCCACUUUUGGGUCUGCUGGGGGGGGGGAAGCUGCCCCCCCCCACCCCUGACUCGGCGACUGGUGCCUCCUAGGUCUGGGGGAACACCUGGGGUCUCUCUGCGGCUGAUUGCAGAGCUGGGUGGGGGGGGCUGCAUGCUCCCUGGCAGGCCUGGAAGCGUGCCGGAAGUAUUUCCAGUCCACUACCGGGUUUGCCACGGAGCACGUGCAGGCCCCCCCGGACUCCUGUGGGACGCUCCAUGCGCCCCAGCAUCGCAGCGUUCGCAAGCCGCACCCGUACCUCGAGGUAUGUAGAAAAAACAUUUAAAGCUGUGUGGAUGUCUGAAUUGCUGAUUCUCCCACUCAGCAUCAAACUUCAGGUUCAGAUUCAGCCAAAUCGAGUCAGGGACAGUGAUCCGAUGCUUCUAUAUCUAGAUAGAUAGAUGUUUGUGCAUUUACCCGUUAUCCUGAAGCCUUUUUUUGUUUUCUUUUUCUUUGGUCUUUUCUUUUUCAUAUAUAUAAAAAAAAAUCUUUAGCGGACACCACCAAACGAGCUAACAGCAAGGGCAAAACAAAUUGUCACAGUAUCAUUCAGAGUUUUGCAAGUGCUACCUUCUUAGGAUGAAAUCAGCCACAUUUUAAGUAAUGUAUAGUUACCAAUGAGGAAAAAAUUGCACGCGUUUCCCCUCAGCUUCUGUUGAAUUGAAUUUUGGAUGCAUUAAAAUUUGAAUCUUUUGUCAAAUGCGGGGGAAAGACCAAAGAAAUGUUUCUGUGAUUUAAAUUCUCAGAUUGAGCAUCUUAUUUUUAGUUAUAAUGAAAUAUCCUUAGGUAAUUACACGCACCAUGUUGAACAUUCACAUGAAAAUGCUAUAAUAAUUUUUUGAAGGAACACUUUUUUGCAAGGAAUUUAUAAGCAAGAUUUUCUGGUUUUGUUUGUUUGCUCUCUUUCCAGCCAAUGAACUCCAAUAAGGAAUAAUUGCAUCCAUUUUACAGUGACACUCUUAAAUGCAGGAUAAUGAAAUAUGUGCCGUUUAAAUUGGUGAUUGUUGAAAAAAAAUAUUAAAAGGGAAAUCUUUACAUAUGUGAUUUUUUUUUUUUUUUUUUUUUCUUGUCCUGGUGACAUACUAUCUGGAAACUAAAUGCACUAAAUGUAUUUUAGCAAAAAUACAGCAUAAUUUGUUGGAAUAACAAAUACUAUAUAAAUAUAAAAUACACUAACUUGUUAGGUUUGUUUUUGUAUUUGAAGAAAAUGUGACCAAUUUUCAUGUAAGUGUGUGGAAAAGUACAAAUUUUUAUGUGAAUGCCAUUAUGUUCUCACAUGUAUGACUAUUUUAUCCUGGGGAAUAACAGAUUAAAAUUACAGUUUCUCAGGGUUUAACAUUUAAGAACUGUAAUCUUAACAGAAUAUUUGCUGAUUUCAGAUAGAUCCCAAAAUGCAUGUUACUGGUUUGUUAAAAUUAGUCUUUUUGAAUAGCAAAUUAUUAAAACAUAUCUGUUUUGUUAUGUAUUGCCAUGCAGAAUAUCCUAGUAUUAAAUAUAAGUAGAAAUAUUAUUGUCACAAUAUAUUUGUGUAACUGUGGUCAACGUAAGACCUUAACUGAAUAUGAAAUUUUCACUUGUAUUAAUUUAUGGAAGCAUUAAUGUUCUGAGUGUAUAGGCAGAAAUGAUAUUGUGAAUUGAAUUGUUCUUAAUACAGAAGGUAUUAUUUAUAAUGCAUAAUCAUAUACUUGUAGUGAAUUGUUUAAAAUUGUUAACACUUGUUAAAACUUUUUUACACUAUAGCAUUUAUGCAAUGGUUUACAGAAUUCAUGGAAUUAUUUUUAUUAUCAAUAUGAAAAUAAAAUUUUUGAUCUUUAA